AUGGCUCUCGCCAGGAGGCAAUCGUUGACAGUGCUCAGUGUCCUGAGCCUGUUCUGCGCGCUUGUGACGGCUGUUCUUGAAGUCCCUGCGCGCAACACAUUUCUCGUGCGAGAAAAGUCUGCUGCGACCGUUAUUGGCGAUUAUGUUUACGUUGAUGGGGGCGAGCUUUCACAAUGGUCGGUAAACCGGGUCCGGGAAGGCAUUCCUGCCGAAUACACCCUCUCCAUCGAUAUCAGCAGGUCAUGGAGCACCAGCGACGCCCCAAUCCGCUCGUUUCUUAAAACUGGGCCGCAGAAGUCCGGCCUAUCUCUUUGGACAGACAGCCAGGCCGGGGAAUUCUACUCAUGGGGCGGUCAGUUUCCAGCUGGCCUGAGCGACAAUAUUACGGCGCCCGCACUUUGGAAAUUUAAGGUGGACGGUAAAGGGGGCGGGGAAUGGUCUAAAGUGAGAGCAGCAAACGAGGGAGCCUUUCAGGCCAUCCGUUCAACCCAACUAUCCGCGACCGCCAACACGGAUAACACGGCGUUCAUAAUUGGAGGUCAAGUCGAUAGGUUCGCGGAGCCCAAUUUAACCGCCGUCGGGCAGGUGGUGGGCGGGAUGGUGACAUACAACUUGGCGUCACGUGUGUGGACGAACGAAACCGACAACAGCCCGUUUAAGACGCUUGUCGGAGCCUCGGCUCAUUUCCUUCCUGGGGUUGGGUCCAACGGCCUGAUCAUGCUCCUCGGUGGGCUCUCACCCGGCAGAGUGGGCAUGAUGGAUGGCACCGCCCCGGCUUCGGAUCUGUAUAAUCUCACCUUCUUUGACCCGGAGACAAAAAAGGUGUAUUGGCAGACAACAACAGGCGAAAUUCCACCGACGCCCCGGAUGCAGGCUUGUACGGCGAUGAUUAAAUCCCCCGACGGUGGUUACGAGAUCUUCAUCUCCGGCGGGAUCAACCUCCGCGAUCUCCUCACCUACCAGGACGCUUACAUGCUUAGCCUGCCUGGUUUUGUGUGGAGGAAGGUCCCCGAUAUACCGUAUAGCGCGCGCGGCGACGCCACCUGCGUGCAAAUAGGGCCUAGACAUGUACUGAGCAUGUUUGGGAAAGAUAUUUGGGGGCUCACGCAGGACCCGGCGCCCAACGGCAUGUUGAUUUUUGAUUUGGUCGCCAUGCAGUGGAGAGACUCUUACGAUGCCACCGCUGGUGAAUACGAACGGCCAUCCGACCUGAAGACGUGGUAUAACAAUGGGUCGUUUGACAAGGUGAAGUGGUCCUCGAAUGAAAUGAAACGGCUGUUUGCAAUUAGGACGCCCUCGCCGACUUCGAGCACAACCGGAAAUCCCGGGUCAACGCCAACCAAUACUCCCGGCACUCAACCAAGCCCAACCGGUGAACCCGAGACGUCUUCACCGACUCCGGUCGGUGCCAUUGCUGGCGGUGUUAUCGGUGGUGUUGCGGGGCUGGCACUCAUUGCCAUAACAAUUUGGUUCUUCCUCCGACGCCGGAAAGGGGGCAGCAGUGCGGGGACAGAUCCCACCCUGGAUGGUACCGACGGCCCUGGUGACGACAAAUACCUUCACAUUCCCGGAACCGAGGCACCUCGCGGGCCGACAGAACUGUCCUCACCACGAUCCCCAGUUGAGGCCGAUUCUCAUGGAAUGCGCGGCGACAUGAGGCACCAGGGGGUGGAUCCAACUUCCCACACUUAUUACGAGAUGGAUCCCCAAGCACCGUAUGCGUUUCACGAGAUGGACUCGCGGCCGCCGGCUGCCGAGAUGGAUAAUACUUCACGUGGCGGGUGGAGGCAAUUUGGGGGCCGGACAUGA